UGGUGUCGUUAAAACAAAGCCAACUGUUAGUACAUGCACGCUCUGUCGUGGGAAAAUAGCAGACUCGGUCCAUGUUCCAAGGACAGCCUUUAGCGCCCCAUCGGAUUACCUGAACAAAGCGGCAGAAUUCAACGACAGGUUUAUUGACCUUGUCGUCACACGGCCAUUUUGGCCUGGGUACGUCUGCUCCGCAAGCUGUACAGAAUAUUAAAUUGAUGGCCGCUGAUGUUGAAAACACGGCAGUGCUGUGCAUUGUUUCUAGAAUUGAACGUUUACAUUAGGAAGAAAUAUCUUUAAAUACGGACAUAAUUCCAAGUUUGCCCAGUGCCAUUUUCAAUUCGCGCACUGUCUACUGACAAGGUGUCGUCUUCAAAAUGAAGAUUUUUAUGUCAAAAGUACAGACCAUACUGUUCCUGUUGACAUGUGGCAUGUUCGGUGCAGUGAUUUACAAGUGGUCGACGUCGGUGACGACGUACAAAGUGAUUGAGAAAAUCAAAGACGUUAGUGAAACAGAGUCUAAGAGAGGACCAACACUAGUACUACCACCUCAACAAAUAAUGAAUUUUAUAGGACCUCCAGAAUUCCAAAAUAUCACCUUAGCGACAUCUCACGAAGAGUUAGCCAGAAUAUACCACACCUAUAUAAAUAAAGUCCAAGUGAAGUGUAAUAACAUUGUUCGCCAGGGACGCAAUGGUGACGGUGGAUGGGAUGUUUGUAUGGACCCUCCCUAUGAGUUGAAAAAGCCUUGUCUUGUAUACUCGUUCGGUAUUAACAAUGACUGGAGUUUUGACGACGCAGUGUCACGGAAUAUUGGCUGUGAAAUCCACGCCUUCGACCCCAGUAUGAACGUGAACGACCAUUUUAGGCAGCCAUCAAUCUAUUUCCAUGCCACUGGUUUGGACGGGAGUGAUGCCAAGAGCCAAAACCACCCAACCUGGAAGAUGGGGAGACUGCAAACGAUCAUAAAGAAACUCGGACAUACGAAUUCGACGAUUGACCUGAUAAAAAUUGACAUAGAAGAAUCUGAAUGGAGUGCCUUCCCGGACAUGGUGCUCAGCAACAGUCUUAACAGAGUGAAGCAGUUCUGUUUUGAGAUUCACUUCUUCCUGCCCACCCCAGUCAGAGACCCCGACCCCUGGAGGUACCACAGUGGUCUGCUCCUGUUUAAAAACUUGUACAACUUGGGAUUCCGGAUAUUCAAAUCUCACGGCAACCCGUGGUGUCGGUACAAAUCGCAGUUCGGACCCGAACGCUGGUCGUGUCAUGAAGUGUAUAUGGUUAAAGUGUCUUCCUAGCAGUUCAAACAGCUUUGCUUUGUAAACUUGUUAAUAAGCCAGACGCGUGUGCAGGAAAUUGUGCCGGGGUGUGUACACUGUGGUGACCGAUUUUUAGGGGGUUAGGGAGGGCUGGGGUUCGGGUCAUACCCCCCGGAAAAAAACAUUAACAAAACAAAUUUGCUUGGAGCAGAGGGGAUUCGACCCAACCAACUCACCGCCCCCCCCCCCCCGCCCCCCCUCCUGCAGAUGCGUCUGUUAGUAGAUGGGGAAUGAUCCAUGACAUAGAGAGCAGUAAAGGAAUAUUCAUAUGACAGUAAUAUAUUAUUCUGUAGAUGCACAAUUAGGGGAAUUAAACAUUAAAAAGGGGCAUUUAUAAACUAAAAAGGGUAUUUAUAAACUAAAAAGGGCAUUUAUAAACUAAAAUGGGGUACUUAUAAACCCAAAUCGCUUAUAAACUGAAAUUGGCACUUGUAAAGAAAAAAGGGCACUUAUUAAUUAAAAAGGGGGUACUUGUAAACUAAAAGUGUGAUGUCGUUAAACAUCUAUUCUAUUCUAUUGUAAACUAAAAAUGGACACUUGUAGAAUAAAAAGGGCACCUGUACACUAAAAAUGACACUUGUACACUACAAAGGGCACUACUUCAUUUUUGUUGUGGUGGUAUCAGCCCAUUUGCCUCAGGACUGCCUCGCUACAUACGGUGCUGCAAGGUGCGGGGAAAGUAGGUUCAUGCACAUUUGUAUUUUCGUUUUAUGUUCAUAAUAAAAAAAUAAAAACAUUUUAAAAUUUAUAUGUGCAUCCCCUGCUUGCUUUCCGCGAAGAAGAUGAACAUGCAUUCCACUUUUAAAUUUAAAAAGGGGUGUAAUGAAAACCCGUUAUUUAUAUUUAAAAUAAUAUAUUACUUCCUCAGAGAUUAACACACCUUAAUGCCGAAAUGGACUCACCUAUGAUAUUUUUUGUUGAAACAUGUUGCCAUAUUAUUGUCAUAUUAUUUUCUGAUGAAUAUUUAAAAGAAAACUGUUUUUGUGUUCCAUUAUUUGAUUAAUUUUCAGGGUUUAAGAUGGACCCGAUUGAAAUUAUCGAUCCGCCAUGAUUUAAAACAUUGCUCAGAUGCACUGCAUAAUGAAUGAAUGUAUGUGUCUGGUAGUAGAAUGAUCGACCUGUUUCAGAUCAUUAAUAAUACAUUAAAGCACAGAUGUACAUAUUUUGUUAUCCAUACUAUUUGUAUUAAUAAUACACCGAAGACAAAAUGUUACUUUUCUUACAUUCUAAUAUGUUUGCGUACGCACGCAUGUAUGUAUGUAUGUAUAUAUGUAUGUAUGUAUGUAUGUAUUGAUGUAUGUAUGCAUAUAUAGAUGAAUGUAUGAAUAUAUACACACGCACACACUAUAAUCUCGUUGGCUCGACCUAUAUAU